UAAAAAGGUUAAUAAGUAAUUAAUGUCUUUGCCAUUUCUAUUGAAACACCACUUGUUGAUCGUAAAUUUGGCAACGUUGAUAUUCAGACAAUUUUCUAACUAAAAGCCGUUAUCAAUCAACCGAAAACUAUUAGCAAUUGCUAAAUUUUAGGCAAAAUCAACAGGUGGUGUUUCAAUAGAAAUGGCAAAGACUAUAUUUUUAAAAUACACUGUUCCAUCAUUCUCUAAUAAAAGUAUUUUCGAGAGUUUAAUUACAAAAAUUCAAUAGUCGUUGACAUAGAUUUAGUUGAUAGUUAUAAAUUUAAAAUAUGAACAGUAUUAUAGGACUAUCUUAAGGUUAUUUUUAUUAAAAACAAUCAAACAUAAACAUUUGAUGUUGGUAUAGGCAACCAGUAUUGCACACUUGCAUGCCGUGUGUAGAGAAUUAAUCUAGGGACUUUGACAUAUUAUUUCUAGUUGGGUUGUUCGUUGGUAGCACUUUCAGCAAUUUUAAAAUUUAACGUUCACCUAGACAAGCCAGUGACAAAAAGUAUUUGUUAGACGCAGCUGUACGCAGUGUAGUCACUUUAUAAUAUUAUAAUUUAGCUUGUUGCUUUGUGUUUUUUAUCGUGUAAUUUACAUACAGUGUAUACAAGAGUCACAAGAUGAGUGCCACCGAAAAGAAGGAUCUACAACUUGUAAAAGUCUUCAUCAGAGAAAGACCAUGGACCAAAUCUGAAAAUGACUUAAAACGAAUAUGUACCAUUCAGAAAAUUCAGCCUACCCAAAUCAGUUUAAAGUGUGGAAAUAUGGAGAAAAACUACACGUUUGAUCGUGUGUUUGAUAAAACUGCAUCACAGGAGGAAGUCUAUGAAAUCGUUGUAUCUCCUUUGAUCAGAUACGUUUUGUCGGGUUAUACAUGUUCAGUAUUCGCAUAUGGACAGACAGGAACUGGUAAAACCUACACAAUGAUAGGUCAAGACGCAGCACUAAAUAUCGAAUUUGCCAAUGAUCCUUCCGUUGGUAUGGUACCCAGAGCAGCAGCUGAUUUGUUUGCUGAACUGGCCACACUCCAGGUUGAGUACAAUAUGCUCAUUUCAUUCGUGGAAAUUUACAAUGAAGAAGUGCGCGAUCUUCUAGUAAGCGAUAGUGUGCCUUUACGAGUGUUUGACGACCCCGAUAAUAAAGGUUCCACUUGCAUCAAAGGACUCACAGAAGUUCUAGUCCACAGUAUUAGCGAAUUGUACGAUUUUUUGAACAAAGGUGCUGCAGAACGACAGAUCGCCUCAACCAAUUUGAACCGAUUGAGCUCGCGUUCGCACACCAUCUUCACCAUUGUGCUCAACAUAAGAGAAAUGACAACCUUCGACGAAGAAACCAUCAAAAUUGGUAAAUUCCACUUGAUCGAUCUGGCGGGUAGCGAAAAUAUCGGACGAUCAGGCGCUACAGAAAUGCGUGCCCGAGAAGCGGGUUCCAUCAAUAAGUCUCUACUAACCCUGGGAAAAGUGAUCAAAGCGCUGGCUCUAAAGAAGCAGCACGUUCCAUACCGGGAAUCCAAGUUAACGCGGAUUUUGCAAGACAGUUUGGGGGGAACGAGCAAGACCUCCAUGAUUGCCACGUUCGCGUCAACAGUUGACGCUUUCGAUGAGACCGUUAGUACUUUGGAGUACGCCCAUAUGGCUAAGAACGUCGCGAACUGUCCCACUGUGAACAUCAACAAGCACAAAACCGAAGUGUUGACGGAUUCCCAGAAUCAGAUCUUGAAACUGCGACAGGAAUUAAAUGCGAUGAGGGAGGGAGAUGGUUUCUACAUGAGUAACGAUUUUUAUGAGAAAAUGACUUUCGAUAUUCAAGCCAAGCACGAACGAGCUUUAUACUUGCUCCAGGAGAUUGAGACGACGGAGGAAGCAAUGGCGGUGCAAAAUCAGCGCUAUGACGAACUUAAGAACUCCUUCCAAAGUACGAGUUCCUUGGUUGAGAAAGCUAAGAAAGAACUGGCUGAGGCGAAAAUCGAAUGCAAGCGGAAAGCUCGAGCUGCGAAUUUUAUAACCGGUAAGACGACUCAACUAGAGGAAACGUCUAAAACCCUUCUUGAUGUUUGUGAAACUUCUACGAAACAUGAACAUCUAUACUACAAAAAGUAUGACAAUCAGUGCGAUUUGUUGACAAAUAACGCCAACGUGUCCAAAAGUAUGUAUUUAACUGGUAUGAGUUGGUUCAAGGAAAUUCUUACUAUGUCAAAUAGUUCUCUCAAGAAUCAGCAGACUUGUUUCAAUGAUUGUAAGAAUAGAGUCGGCGUAAUUAAAGGCAACCAGAGUCAGAAUUUAGUGCAACUGGACCAAAUUUCAACACAAAUGAAAACAGCUUUGGAAAAUCCAGUUGGUUUAGUUUCUGGUGACGUUUGUGGAAGUGAUAAACUCAUGAAUCGUCUUACGUCACUGCGCAACAGUAGUAGUGAAGCAUGCUUGCAUAGUCUUCAAAACACGAAAACGGAUAUUGAAGAAGUUCAAAGUUACGUUUUGGAGAAGAAUGUGGAUGUAGAAAAACGAACAGAAGAGUGUACAAAAUUGGUUAAUAGGAAAUUCGAUGAAAUCGAGCAACAGAGAGUUGAAGCAGAUGGUUUUUUAAACGAGUUGUGUGAAUCAUUGGAACGUUCUCGCAUUCAACAGCAGCUAUCUCAGAUAAAUAAAACUAAAGAACUGCAGGAACAGCUUGUGCAAAUGUAUUCAGCGAGAAAUGACGAAUUAGACAAAGAGUUAGAACAUAUUGAUAUGAUGGAAGAAAUUAGUGACAAAAUAAUGGCAACGAUGGAAGCUAGUUCCGUGAAAAAUUUGUUAGAUGUGCAAGAAGAUUUAGUUCGUUUCAGUACAUACUUGGAACCAUUACAGCAGGUUCCGACGUUAGUCCAGCGUGCAAUAGACACUAGUGACAAAAAUACCGCGAGCUGUAAGAAUCAAAUCGUAACUUACAACAGUCAAGCACAACAGGAAAUUUCAGAUUUUGUAAAAGCAUCAACAGACGAACUGAAUCGACACAAUAAUGAAUUAAAGACACAAUUACAUAAUUGGGCUGGCCACCUUGACGUUGUAAAACAAAGUCUAGAAAGUACUGUAGAAGAAAAUGUGCGGGAAAUAAGUCGCCAAACUGAACACUUCACUCGCACUGAGAACGCAUAUCAUAGUGAUGUAAAACAGUUUAAAGAAAAAUCUUACGAAGAUAUUCAAACCAAAGUAACGAAUCUGAAAACGACUAUUCAUGCCGGUGACACGCCAGUAAAACCUGUCUACACGUACCCUCAAGAAAUAGAUACCGAAGUUUCUGCAGACAUCUUGCAGGAAAUUAUGGACGUUUCUCUCGAAGUCAUAGAGGAACAACAAGAGGAUGUUAAGUGACGAUUACGUUUUGUUCUUUUGUUGUUAUGUUUUGGUGCGAAAGUUUUGUGAGUACGUGUCAUGGAGUGACCGCGUAGACAUUCACUGUUGGUUAGUUAUAUAGUCUAGGCCAUAAAUACAAAUGUGAUCAUAUAGUCUAGUUCUGAGUCUAUUUUAUAUUAUCGUUUAUUUAUAUGAACACAUUGAUGAAUUAAUUAUAGCCAUCUUUAUUUUCUGUUGUUGAUUAAUGUUUGACUGAUUGCAAUUCCACGUUCUAUCAACCUUGAUACUCAUCAAUGUAUUUUAGUAUUUAUUAUCUGGUACCAUUUAAAAAUAAAUUUUUAAUUUUGU